AUGCCUCUCCAGGUUCCAACUCAUGGACAAGUAAUGAUGGCGGAGGGAGCAUUCCAGAUAACCGUCCCCAAGGCCCCUGAAACGUUUGCUGCUGCGUUUGGAGCCUGGCUGAUAUAUCUUGCCUAUCUUGCUAUCUACCGGCUGUAUAUCAGUCCGCUUGCUGGUUUUCCAGGUCCAAAACUCGCAGCACUCACCAGAUGGUAUGAGGCAUACUACGAGAUCGUCCUUCUGGGUCAAUUUUCUCGCAAAAUCGAUGAGUUGCACGAUAAAUAUGGUCCAAUCAUCCGAGUAGCACCAGACGAGAUCCAUAUCAGGGACAGCAGCUUUUUCGAGAAGGCUUAUGGGCAGAAUACAAGGUUGGACAAGCCUGGGUGGGAAAAUAAAUUUGGGAUGAAAGAUGUGACUUUCACCACCCCUGAGCAUACUCUUCAUCGCGAGAGAAGGGGGGCUCUUAGCCGAAUGUUUUCAAGGCGAAUGGCCUUAAACUUUGAACCUGUAAUACGUCAGUGUGUGGAGCGGCUCUGUGAAAGAAUCUCGGAGUUCGUGGAGAGCUCCCAACCCUUGGUGAUCUCUGACGUCUAUCCCUGUCUUAGCGGUGAUGUUGUUAUGCAAUAUGCGCUCGGGUUCUGCUAUAACCAGCUUGAUUCCCCCAAGUUUGACUCUUUCCAUGGAGCAUUUCAGUCCAUGGGAGCGUCUGGCCACGUCACAUCUCAGUUUCCCUGGUUCCUUCCAUUAAUAAAUGCGUUGCCAGAUCGAUGGGUAGAGCGGAUGCAACCUGCUCUGGCAAACUUAUUGCAGUUGAAGAAGGAUCUAUUGGAUUUGACUGGGCGUAUCGUUCGGGGAGAAGAACCUUUGGAGAAAAACUUAUCACGCCCCACUAUCUUCCAAGAAAUCCUGCAGAGUGACCUUCCGCCACAGGAAAAGUCGCAUUAUCGUCUUGCUGGUGAAGCACAAAGCGUAAUGGGUGGUGGCAUCGAGUCUCCCGCACACGCCCUUACAGUGGCUACAUUUCAUAUCGCCAACACUCCCCACAUUUCCCAGAGGCUUCGCUCCGAACUCGUGCAGGCAUUCCCGGAUAUCAACGUUCCUCCAACACUGUUAGAGUUCGAGAAAUUACCCUACCUUAAGGCGUGCAUCCAGGAGUCUCUUCGGCUCUCAUACGGCCUCUCGGCUCGCAAUCCCAGGACUCAGGACCAGCCCCUGCAAUAUGGGAAGUGGACGAUUCCAGCACGAACAACGGUUGCAAUGACAAUCGUCGAUGUCCACCACGAUGGAAAAAUUUUUCCAGACUCGCAUUCUUUUAUUCCCGAAAGAUGGCUAGAUGAUCCUCUGGCGCCAGAUGGGACACCACUUGAGCGAUAUCUUGUUGCAUUUGGGCGAGGAUCAAGGUCGUGUUUAGGAAUAAAUCUUGCCUGGGCAGAAUUGUACUGUACCAUGGGAAUUGUUUUCCGUCAGUUUGACUUUAAACUUUAUGAGACAGAUGUCAGCGACGUGGAGUUGCAACAUGACUUCUUUGUUCCCCGUGCCAAACUUGACACCAAGGGUGUCCGAGUUUUUGUAUCGAAGACAAAAGUUAGCUGA